GGCCGCCGGCCUCCCAAGAUGGCGGCGGGCAGCGGCCGCCCGCUGGCGGUGCCGCUGCUGCUGCUGCUGGCGGCGGCCGUGGCGGCGGCGGCGGCGCGGCUGUACCGGGCCGGGGAGGACCCGCUGACCGUGCUGACGGCCGGCACGGUGCGCAGGGCUCUGCUCAACUCCUCGGCGGCCUGGGUGGUGCAGUUCUACAGCUCGUCCUGCGGCCACUGCAUCGCCUUCGCCCCCACCUGGCGGGUGCUGGCCGGGGACGUUAAAGAUUGGGAGUCUGCAAUUAGAAUCGGUGUGCUGGAUUGUGGGGAAGAAGAGAACUACGAGACAUGUAAAGAAUAUGGUAUUCACUACUAUCCAACUUUUAGGUACUUCAAAGCAUUUACAAAGCAGUUUACGACUGGAGAAAAUUCCAAAGGAGCAGACCGUGAGCUGCAAACAGUUCGCCAGAUGAUGAUUGACUUCUUACAGAACCAUUCUCAAGAGUCAAGACCACCUGCCUGCCCAUCAUUGGAUCCAGUUUUGUCCAGUGAUAUCACUGCUCUUUUUGACAAGAACAGCGAUCAUUAUACUGCCGUUGUGGUUGAGAGUAAUAACUCCUAUGUCGGGCGAGAGGUUAUCUUAGACUUGAUCCAGUAUGAAAACAUUGUGGUAAAGAGAACACUGAAUUCUGAUAAGCCUUUUCUAGAGAAACUUGGUAUUACCUCAGUCCCUUCAUGCUAUCUGAUGCAUCCAAAUGGGUCCCGUGGAUUAAUUAACAUCGUGAAGCCUCUUCGGUCUUCCUUUUCUUCAUAUUUAAAGUCACUGCCAGGUGUAAGAAAAAAACUACUUUUGCCACUUGAGCUACCUGUUAAAGAAAACAAAGAGGAAAGCACAGAAAUCAAGCAGUGGAAAGAAUUUGAUAAAUCUAAGCUGUACAUGGCUGACCUUGAAUCAGGAUUGCAUUACCUGCUUAGGGUAGAACUUGCUACGCACAAGAUGCUUGAGGGAGCUGAGCUAAAGACCUUCAAGGAUUUUGUUACCGUCGCUGCGAAGCUUUUUCCUGGCCGUCAGCCUGUGGUGAAGUUGUUAGAGACCUUGCAAGAGUGGCUGGUGAGCCUUCCAUUAGACAAAAUCCCUUAUGAUGCUAUUCUAGAUCUGGUCAACAACAAAAUGCGGAUUUCUGGGAUAUUUCUCACUAAGAGAAUUGAGUGGGUCGGAUGUCAGGGCAGCAGACCAGAGCUGAGAGGUUAUACCUGCUCCCUUUGGAAGCUGUUUCAUACCCUAACUGUUCAAGCUGCGCUGCGACCAAAAGCAUUGAUAAAUACAGGUCUUGAAGACAAUCCCCAAAUAGUACUUCAGAUCAUGCGGAGAUAUAUUCAUCACUUCUUUGGAUGCAAGGCUUGUGCUCAGCAUUUUGAGGAAAUGGCUAAAGAAUCCAUGGAUUCUGUUAAAACCUUAGACAAGGCUGUUCUCUGGCUCUGGGAGAAACACAACGUAGUGAAUAACAGACUUGCAGGUGAUUUGACUGAAGACCCAAAAUUUCCCAAAGUUCAGUGGCCAACUCCAGACCUUUGUCCUGCAUGUCAUGAAGAAAUUAAAGGAUUACACAGCUGGAAUGAGGACCAGGUUCUACAGUUCAUGAAGUAUCACUAUAACAGUGAAAAUAUUCUAUAUAAAUACACUGAAAGCCAGACUGACUCCAGUGAAUCUGAAGUGGGAGAUACAAGGGAGGUAAAAGACAAAAAUCUACUGAAGAAACCAAGUGGAAACAGAGAAAAUAACAUCCUGGACCAAGAAAACAUACGAGAUUCAGAAUCUAAGAUGUUAGAUAAGCUAAUAGGGAAUCAUGGACCUGUAAAAGACAGAGGUAAAAAUGCAGUUGAAUCGGUUAACCGUGAAGAGAGCAGGCAGUCUGUAUCUUUCUUAGGGAUUGGAUUUUCCAACAUAGACAUGAGUCUGUGUGUCGUACUGUAUGUAGCAUCGUCCUUAUUUUUAAUGAUAAUGUACUUUUUUUUCCGAAUGAGAUCUAAACGGUGGAAAGUGAAGCAUUAUCGUUCAUCUGUAUAGACGUUUAAAUUGGAAACAACAUUUUCAUUGUACGUGGCUGUUCAGUACCAGAUACAGCUUUAAUAUUUAUGAUCAGGGAUUUUAUAUACAGUAUUCUUCGUUUUAAAACCCUUUCUUCCCAAGUCAUUUCACAAGUGUUCUAGCUUAAUAUAUGGAGCUUGCUGUAAGAACCCUCUUUGACUCUGAGGCACGUGGUGCUGUCAUAAAGUACCCAGUGAGGAAAGCAUUGCAUUUUUCAGUUCAGAUUUUCCAUGACUUACCGCCUACAUCCGUUACUCAUUUGCAGAGUAAACAUUACAUUAUGCAAUCAACUGUGCCUGGUUUUGGAAAGAAAUUGGAUAUCGUUUCAUGUACGUCAAGCCAUUUUUAAAAAACUUAUCCAGAGCUGAUUUUACCUACCAGAGUACUGAACAGUUACUGUUACCUUGACUUCUUCAUUUGGAGAAGCAAGAAUUGGUUUUGUAUUUUUUUUUUGGUGUUUUGUUUUUUCCUCCAGGAGACAAGAGUUCUAUUUUGAUUAAAUCAAUUGUAAACCUUGUGACUUUCUCCAACAUUAUUUACACUGCAUAUUUAAAGUGGAAGGCAUUACAUCUUCAAGUAGAUCUUCCAUUCUCUCAUGUUCCAGCCAAGGACAGCCGCUGCUAGGAUGAGAGGUUUGGGGCAGCAGGCAUCUCUAUAAGCAGCCUGAUUCUGAUUGCUGAUGCUGCCCUCCAUUCUAAGGGAGUUCAGGUGUAAGUAACAACAAACUCAGACCCAGUGCUUUACUUGCUCCUCUACUUGAUGUGUUAACGGAGCAUUGUACAACUCACCUCACUCAUCUAUGAACCAGAGAAGUAGCUGAGUAAAUACCGUGUUAUCCAGGUGUCAGUUCUGAUGGACUCCAGUAAAGGGAAAUGCUGUUUUACUGAAGGAAAGUGAGGCUCCACUUCCAUCAGUAAGCCAGAGCAAAUUUGUAGAUCUGGAAAUAGUACGUUUCUUAGGAUGCCUGAAUAGUUCCGUUACCUUGCAGUAAUUUUUCUUCCUGUGAGUCAGCAGAAAUGUUUCGUUUGGUAUUGCCGGCUCUGAGAUCAGAGGGAAUGCCACCUGCCAGCCGUAAAGCUGGCUGUACGGUACUUAGAGCAGCUGAUUUCGGUUGUUCUUGUGCUGGAGUGCGCUGCUGUUUGGGUCAAGAAAGGUUUUAACUAUGGUCAAGUCCAGGAGCUGCUCCAUUCUGGGAUGUGGCAGCAAUUGGGAAUAUGGCAGUUGCUUUUACAGAUCUGUCUGACUGUCUGGGAUCCUAGCUGAGAGCAAUUACAAGACAGCAUGAAAACAGUUAUAAAAUUGCCAUUCAGAAUAGGAGUUCCUUUCUGCUCCUAGCUGUGGAGGAUAAUUCACGUCCUGGAUAGUGAAGUUUAUAAUCCUAUCCAAUGUAAUUGAGCAUGUUCUAGUUAUCCAUUACCUAAUCUUUAGUUAAUCCUAAUAGGUUUUGCCCUCAAUGUUUUCUUGUGGCAGUGAGUUCUACAGAUUAAUUAUGUUAUAUAAAAAGGCUUUUCCUUUCGAUUCUACAUUUCCAACUUUUAAUUUAAUUGAAUGUUCACUAGCUCUUCUGCUACGUGAGAAGGGGUAGAUAGGCUCUGGCCAGUUCAUUCUUGUAUCUACGCGGGUAGUGUGUUGUCGUCGUACUUCCAUCAUAAGCCCCAGCAUAGAAAGUUUAAAGCUCAGCCACAAAAAAGUCUAAAAAGUAGCACAAAAAAAAUAAUCAAAAAGGGUAUUUUUUAAUAACCAAAUCUUGUUUGUUCACAAAACUGAGCAUUUCUGACCAGAGUUUCUGCAGCUUCGACUUGGAAUAACAAAAUUGAGCCAAAGUUGAUUGAUCCUUUUUCCUUUAAGUGUCAGAAUAACUUAAAAAUGCACAUGAAGUAGCGCAACCCUGUGUAGUUGUUGUAAACAUGGCAGAAGAAAAACCUCCCUUCGCAUGACACUGUUAGUCUGAUGUACGCAGAGGUCCGUUAUCUGCAGUUCCUUUAAGGCACCUUUAAGUUCAUUUAUGGACCUGAUGGCUCUUGCUCCCAUGCUAGAAACUUGACCCCAUGGGGGCUGUAGCUCCCUGCUGGAAGCUGUCUUCUGCAUAUCCUCUCGUGCCGAUUUCUGUAAUUCUGACACGGCAACAUCAAGUCCGGGCUUUUUAAGGAUCCUCACUGUUUUAAGAGUUCUGAUGCAACGAGGUAUUGUGGGUUUCUACUUCCUUUAUAGAUUUGUAAGGGUCACUAUGAUUAUAGCACCUGGGCUUGAGUACUAAAACAACUUUUAAGCAACUGGAAAGUUACCCAAGGGUGGCAGGUUGUCCAGCCUGGUUGAUCUCUGCUGCUGUGCUUCUUGCUGGGAUCGAGUGAGAGGUCCCUGGAGGACCUGAGUUGAGGGGAAAGCCCAGACUUGCCAAAUUUAAGCUUGAAAAAUAAUUAACUUCUAACUGACCUAAUUUGGGGAAAUCUUGAUAUCAGCCAAUGAUCAAAGAAGUCCAAUUUCUCAAAAAAACAAACAAA